AUGUCUAACCCCGAAGAUUUCAAGUUCACCUUGAAAGCCAUUAUAAACAAGCAAAAGACUAAGGUUCUUUAUGUGGAGGCAGAUGGCGAUUUCGCAGAUGUUUUGUUGAGCUUCCUGACGUUGCCAUUGGGGACUAUUGUCCGAGUCUUGAAUAAACACUAUGGUGAUAAGGCCCCUGUUGUAGGAAGCUUAACCACUUUGUAUAAUGGCUUACGCAAUUUGGACAAUGACCUUUUCUUGUCAGAGGACUGUAAGAACCUGCUGCUCAACCCGAUAAGGUCGUCCGAGGUCGAAUGUCGUCUGUUGAAAAUCAACAUUGACGACAUGCCGCCCACAACAUACUUCAAAUGUGGAGGCAAAAAUUGUUGGUUUAGUAAAUUUCCGAAUGUGAUCAUGUACUUCAGUGGAUUGAAAUGCGAUUGCGGAAAACCAUUGGACAAAAAAAUUUACUCUCACAUGGACGAUGGUGGUGGCGGGGUGUUUAUUACAAGUAAAGCAUCCUUAAUCAUUACUGAUGAUCUUCAAAUAUUGCCUAGCGUGACGAGUAGUGUUGUGCAAAUUCUCCUCAACUUGGGCAUUACAGAUACAAUCGGGAUCGAGGAAAGGAGUGUAACUUUCGGAUUCAAUGAGAUAAUGGAUUUGCUGAAGGGGUCAUUAGUUUCCCGGGCACCAUUAACUGAACUUGUACUCAGUGAAAAACCAAUGAACCAUGUUGCAAUGAAGUGCGAUAUAGGUGUCCUACCAGUUGAUCUGAUCAAGAAACAGAUGGAACCUUUCGGUGCUAAGAAAAUGGCUGUGAAAGUCAUUGUAUCGGCUAAUAAAUUACUGUUUGCUGAAGUCGAUGGUGAUUUUGUGGAUUUCCUAUUUAGCCUGCUGUCUCUCCCCUUAGGAAUGGUUGAGUGCCUAUUGGGCUCUGUCACUUGUCUUACAAAUACAGACAAUUUGUACAGAAGUGUAGCGAAUAUGAGAAACGACAAGUACUUGAAGAACAAAUACGAAACGAAAGCCCAGCUACUGCAGCCUCACAUACCAUUAUGUUACUAUUCGAAAUGGCAAGAAAAAUAUGUAAAAGGACCAACUAUGUAUAUGGUGACAGACGAUUUAAAUGUGACUCCAUUGUCUUCAACAUUGGGCCUUUCCGUUUUAAAUAGACUCAAAAUCCCGUUGUCCGAAGUCAAGGAACUCAAGCUGGUUGUUGGUAUGGAAGAGGCUCUGGGCAUACUGAAAGCGUCUCUGACUUCGUCUCGCGCCUUAACCGAUGGCCUCCUCAAACCAUUGUUAAGGAAACAACAGAAGCAAAAGGGAUGA